AUGGCCUCCACCACCACCUGCACCCGGUUCACGGACGAGUACCAGCUCUUCGAGGAGCUCGGAAAGGGGGCUUUCUCAGUGGUGAGAAGAUGUAUGAAAAUCUCUACUGGUCAAGAAUAUGCUGCCAAAAUCAUCAACACCAAGAAGCUGUCUGCCAGGGAUCAUCAGAAACUGGAAAGGGAAGCCAGAAUCUGCCGUCUUCUCAAGCACCCCAACAUCGUGCGGCUGCAUGACAGCAUCUCGGAGGAGGGCUUCCACUACCUGGUGUUCGACCUAGUGACUGGCGGUGAGCUGUUCGAAGACAUCGUGGCCAGAGAGUACUACAGCGAGGCCGACGCCAGCCACUGCAUCCAGCAGAUCCUGGAGAGUGUGAGCCACUGCCACCUCAACGGCAUCGUGCACAGGGACCUGAAGCCGGAGAAUUUGCUGUUGGCUAGCAAGUCCAAGGGGGCGGCCGUGAAGCUGGCGGACUUCGGCCUCGCCAUCGAGGUUCAAGGGGACCAGCAGGCGUGGUUCGGUUUCGCUGGCACGCCUGGGUACCUGUCUCCAGAAGUGCUGCGGAAGGACCCCUACGGGAAGCCGGUGGACAUGUGGGCCUGCGGCGUCAUCCUCUAUAUCCUGCUGGUGGGGUACCCCCCGUUCUGGGACGAGGACCAGCACAGACUCUACCAGCAGAUCAAGGCCGGAGCUUACGACUUUCCAUCACCAGAGUGGGACACGGUGACACCCGAAGCCAAAGACCUCAUCAACCGAAUGCUGACCAUCAAUCCCGCCAAGCGCAUCACCGCGUCCGAGGCGCUGAAGCACCCGUGGAUCUGCCAACGCUCCACGGUGGCCUCCAUGAUGCACAGGCAGGAGACGGUGGACUGCCUGAAGAAGUUCAACGCACGGAGAAAGCUCAAGGGCGCCAUCCUGACCACCAUGCUGGCCACCAGGAACUUCUCAGCGGCCAAGAGUCUGCUGAAGAAGCCGGACGGAGUGAAGGAGUCCACGGAGAGCUCCAACACGACGAUCGAGGACGAAGAUGUGAAAGCUCGGAAGCAGGAGAUCAUCAAGGUCACAGAGCAGCUGAUCGAGGCCAUCAACAACGGGGACUUCGAGGCGUACACAAAAAUCUGUGACCCGGGCCUCACUGCUUUUGAGCCGGAAGCUCUGGGCAACUUGGUAGAAGGGAUGGACUUCCAUCGGUUCUACUUUGAAAACGCUCUGUCCAAAGGCAGCAAGCCCGUCCACACGAUCCUCCUGAACCCACACGUGCACCUGCUGGGCGAAGACGCGGCCUGCAUCGCCUACAUCCGGCUCACCCAGUACACGGACGGCGGCGGCAAGCCCCGCACCGUGCAGUCCGAGGAGACGCGCGUGUGGCACCGCCGCGACGGGAAGUGGCAGAACGUGCACUUCCAUCGCUCGGGGUCCCCGACGGUGCCCACCGAGUAA